CGAUGGUGAAGAAGCAGGUGUUUGAGCUGUUGGCGGCCCUCAGCAUGUUCUCUUCAGAGGGACACCGAUUGUCUCUGGACGCCCUGGACCAUUACAAGGCAAGUGUCUGUCUGGGUCGGUGAAUCUUCUUAAGUCGUUGAUAUCAGUGUGUGAAGACACAGCAGUAUCGAUUCAGUGUGAUUAUGAAUGAACUACAAGCCACAGAUAACGUGCCUUACAUGGUCACCCUCCUGAGCGUCAUCAACGCUCUCAUCUUCAGCACCGACGACCUGCGGCAAAGAGACAAGAUGCGCAAGGAGUUCAUUGGAUUACAGCUGCUUCACCUGCUGCCCAAGCUAAGAGAAGAGGAUGAUGAAGACUUGAUGAUCCAGUGUGAGGCGUUUGAAGAGGCCAUGGCUGAAGAUGAGGAGGAGCUCUUGAGGGUUUAUGGAGGAAUUGACAUGAGCAACCAUCAGGAAGUCUUCACAUCACUGUUUAAUAAAGUGAGCAGUUUCCCCUCAUCCCUGCAGCUGUUGUCUAUGUUGCAAGCAUUGCUUCUUCUGGAUCCAGAUCGAUCUGACGUUUGGCAGGCUUUGGAGGUGCUCACUAAUCGAGCCAUACUGAUCGCACAGAGCUCUGAGAUGGAUUCCCGUGAGAAGAUUCUGCAGCGUCUCGUCUUUGCCAAACUAUCCAAAGGCUCCUCUGAUGUUGAUGGUCACCUGCUUGGAAGAAAGCAUCAAGCCGUUCAGACGGAGACAAAGGAUAAGAAACUGGAAUGUUCUUGCAGAUCAAUCAAUCAGGAGACAUUGAGCAACUCCACAAAGGCUUCAUCCACUCCUCUACCACCUCCACCACCUCCUCUGCCCAGUAUGGUUUCUCCUCUCCUCAAAGCAGGAGCUGGACCUCCUCCACCACCUCCUUUACCAGGAGCAGGGAUGCCUUUACCUCCUCCACCACCUCCUCUUCCAGGGAUGAGUUUUGGAGGUCCACCUCCACCACCUCCUCUUCCAGGGAUGAGUUUUGGAGGUCCACCUCCACCACCUCCUCUUCCAGGGAUGAGUUUUGGAGGUCCACCUCCACCACCUCCUCUUCCAGGGAUGAGUUUUGGAGGUCCACCUCCACCACCACCUCUUCCAGGGAUGAGUUUUGGAGGUCCACCACCACCACCUCCUUUGCCUGGAAUGGGAGCCCUUCCUCCUCCACCACCUCCUCUACCAGGUAUGGGGCCUCCACCACCUCCGCCUCCUCCAGGUUCUGGUCCCCCCUGCCCCCCUCCUCCUCCAGGUGUGGGUGAUGUGAUAAUGGCCAGGAACUUCCAGGCUCUUGGACAAUCUUACUCCAGUCCUGUGAAAACCGGCCCUCAUCCCUCCCUCAGGAUGAAGAAACUCAACUGGCAGAAACUCAAUUCCAGAGCGGUUACUGAUGGUCCUUCAAUGUGGGCUUCAGUUCCAUCUGAUUCAGCGUUGGAGCCGAAUUACAGCAGCAUUGAGCAGCUCUUCUGUCUGCCUGUGGCUGAACCUAAAGACAAAACCCCGACUACACCUGUCAAGAGAGAACUAAAAGAGAUUUCAUUUAUUGACCCCAAGAAGAAUCUGAAUCUGAACAUAUUUCUGAAGCAGUUUAAAUGUUCUAAUGAAGACUUUGUGGCAAUGAUACAGAAUGGCGAUUGUUCUAAAUUUGACGUUGAGGCCCUGAAACAGCUUCUGAAACUGCUUCCAGAAAAACACGAGAUGGACAACUUAAAGUCCUUUCAAGGAGAUCCAGAGAAACUGGCCAAAGUUGACCGCUUUUACCUCUUACUUCUGGCUGUUCCAUGUUAUCAGUUGAGGAUUGAGUGCAUGUUGCUGUGUGAGGAGACGCUGUCGGUUCUCGAUAUUCUGAAGCCCAAAGUAGAUCUGGUGGAGUCGGCCUGUGAGAGUCUCAGGAAAAGUUCUCUGCUGCCCAGUUUCUGCAAGCUCAUCCUUGAUGUUGGAAACUUUCUCAACUAUGGAAGUCACACAGGAAAUGCUGAGGGAUUCAAGAUUAGUUCCCUGUUGAAACUGACUGAAACUAAAGCAAACAAGAGUCGCAUCACCCUCCUACAUCACAUCCUGGAGGAAGCUGAAUUAAAUCACCCAGAGCUGCUGAAUCUUCCAGAUGAUAUUGAGGCAUGUGCGAAAGCAGCCGGCAUAAAUCUGGAAUCAAUUCAGUCAGAAACGAAUGCUCUUCUGAAGAGAUUAAAAGACGCAGAGAAGAAAGUGUCUUCAUCGGUUGAAGAUGUGAAAGAGCAGUUUUCAGGGGUCAUUGAGAAUAACGUAGUUGCAUGUAAAGCUCUGGAGGAGCGUUUCUCAAAUGUUGAGAAUCGUAAGGGUGAUCUUGCUCAGUAUCUGUGUGAAGAUGUUUCUCAGCUCUCACUGGACGACCUCUUCAGCACCAUCAAGACCUUCCGUGACCUCUUCCUCAAAGCCUUAAAGGAGAACAAGAUCCGUAAAGAACAAGCUGCUAAAGCCGAGAAGAGGAAACAGCAGCUCGCAGAGGAAGACUCUAAACGACAGAAAGGAGAAGAUGGAAAGAUCAUCCGAAGAGGACCAGUGCCACAGGAGGAUGGCUGUAUCAUUGAUCAACUCUUGGCGGAUAUUCGAAAGGGUUUCCAUCUGAGAAAGACUCGUCCCAGGUGCGAAAUGGAAAGUGACCCUUCUAGUGAAAUACAUAGGGUUACGGGACAGCCCGCAAGUGUCAGGUCUGUAGGAGUUGGAUCGUCUGCAAUCGAAGCAUCUCGACCAACCGUGGGCUGUAUUCCAGAAGAUCCGGUCAAAGAUUCCGGCACAAAUCCCAGAGGUGAAGUAACCUCUUUGGGUGACCGUGACGCAAAGGCCAGCCCUCAAGAGGCAAAGGAGCCUCGGUCAAAUUUGUCUACGGAAACAACCACCACAGACAUCGAACCACCACAGAACCCCUCAGUGAGCUCCACGUCCAUGGAGAACUCUUCAUUAGAUCCACCAGCUCAGGAAUUAAUUGCAGUGGAUCAGUCUGAUGAACUGCCCAGCUGCCUUACACCAAACAAUACAGACCCACAAGAACAAGAACAAAACCAGAACAGCAUCCAGCCUACGAACGAUGAGUCGACUCGUUCCACCCCAGUAAAGAGAACUGACCCUUUAAACUCUGGUGCUAUUGACUCAAACAUAAAUGAUGCUUGUGAAAAUACUGACACGUUGAAGACAAGUAAAGACUAUUAUGACGACCCACUCCAGUCGAGUAAUGAUUGUGUAGAUGGCAACAGUAACAAGUCGUCAAGAGACUGUGUUUUGACGCAGGAGGCACCCGAUGAACUAGAUGGAGUGAGUUCACAAGCCCCGCCCACUCCUGCUGUAGGCCACGCCCCUCUGAAGCCAGAAAAUAAAAAACAUUUCUACCAAAGAAACAAAAAAAGCGGUAAUGAAGUCGAGGGUAACGGGGGGAACAGACGCUCUAAAAAGGCAUGUGUGUUGCAGUAAGGUAGGUCAAACGCCUCCGUACGAAACUAACCGGACCAAAUACAACGUCCGUCACAACCCGUCUAAUCGAUGUUCUCUGUACUUACCAACAUGUGUCAAACUCCGUUGUUAAUAUACCUCUUGGCUUCAAACAUGGGAAUCUCCGGCACCUGUAACCUGACCUGGGUGCCUAUCUUUUGACCCUCAAAUAAACUUUAAUUUUAACCAGCAUCUGAAAUAAUUAUUAAACUCACCAGUCUAAGUGAAUAGCAAUACUUCUGCUUAUAUAUACUAACUGUAAGUGUUAAAGCAAAGGUAUGUGAAGAUGGAUUGUCUAUUUUGCUUGGGUCACUGCUGUUAUGACCUUUUGGCCUUUAACCCCGCAACGUGACUAUUGGGGCUUUAAUGUGUCUGUCUGUCUGUCUCUGUUAAAGCAUGAAAGAUAAGCAAUCGUUUUGAAAUGAGUCUAGAUGUGCUACAAUCAAGAACUUUCUCUAAAUUCCAAGAUCAUGAAGUAAUAACACAAGUUUUCUCGAAGUGUUUGGGAAAGGUUUCAUACUUCAAACUGCUUAUAGAAGUUUUUCACUCAUUGCAGGAAACUCCAGGAAAAGGAGAACAAAAGGGAGACGCAAGAAUUGAGCGCAGUCUACUUCUGAUCCUGGAUUACAUCUGUUCUCUUCUGCUGUAUUUCCUGUAGUACUCUCAGGACAUAUGGACUGACCCCAGAUCAGCUGAUACAUCAAAGGACCAAUUUAUGGUGCAUUUGACAAAAUAAACUGUGUGUUUUGAGUUUGGUUUUAAAUGCUAAAUCUAUGAUCAAACUAUAUUUUAAAUAUUUGCACACUGUCAGAUGUAUUUGACACACCAAACGGUUUAUAUUCAAGUAUUUUUGAAGAGAGAAUUGUAGUGAAGAGAAAAUUAUGGGUGUUAAUUGUUUCUCAAAACCUGUAAGAUUCUUCACUCUUUCCGAAACCUUUAAAAUUUUUCACUUGCUGUUAACUAUUAAUAUUGCUCUGAAUGUAAACUUUAUAAGAUGUCUGGCAUUAACCAUGAGAAGUAUUUGUUUAUUCUUAUAUCCAUUCUAUAGUAUUAUUGUAAAAAAUAUCAUUGUUUUCAUGCAUAUUAAGAUUCUGAAGAAAUAUAAAUUAUAUAUACAGUAUAAUAAAAUGCACAAUCAGUGUUGA